GUAUUGAGGGGUGGAAGGCCGGACCUGUUAAUUGGGCGUGAGGGAAACGAACGCUUCGGAUCAAUGUUGAGGCGUGUCGGUGGUCGGAGGCAUGACUACGCGUAUAAAUUGCGGCUGAAGCUGAUCAGGAACGCAGUUCAGUUCAAGAGCAAAGUCUUGUUUACUUUUGACAACAGCGAGAAUAUCUCUCACGGGCUCUCUCAUCCAGGAAUACGCUAUCCCAAGGAUACCUAUACAGCACAGGCAGGAGGCAAAGAUGAUGAACCAAAAGAAGUUCCUCGAACGGUAUACCUACGCACUCGAGCACGAUUUCACUUCACCAGCCGGAGUUCCUGCAUCCUGGGCUCCUGGUCAUCCCAAGCAAUGGGGCCAAGAGAAGGCUACGAUUCAGCUCCGGCAGAAAAUUGAGUGUACUCCCGCCCUUAGUCCUGAUGAUCUGCUACUUGCGAUCGGAGUCGGAGAAGACAUUCAUGUCUAUCAAGUGGCUACACAAGAGCGCCUGCAAGUUUUGAAAGGACACAGUGAGAUGGUCAAGACAGUCCAAUUCAGCAGCGUGAUGUAUGACUCUGCAAACUACGUUGACGGUUGUUAUCUCUUGGUAUCAGAUAGCCACGAUUUAUCUGGAGAAGAAAGCCCCGAGGUCAUCCUAUGGGAACUAGACAAGCACGGGAAACUCUUGUCCUCGAGGAUGGAGGCGAGCGAGAACACCGCCGGCAAUCUUCGUUUCAAGGGUGAACUAGGCGAUUACGGCAGCCCCGCGUUCAGUCCAGAUGGAAAAACCAUGAUCUUUCUUAGCCAGAACCAGACGACCCAGAAUGAUGAAGAUGAAGGUGGAGAGCCUCGUGAAGCGAGCUUGCUCCCUUGUGUUAACAUUUGGAGUAUAGAGAGCAGGUCCAUGCAACACCGUCUGCUUGGUCACACGGACUCUAUACAAUGGACUGGCAUCUCCCCUGACAACCUGCGAGCUGCAUCGAUUGCGUGGGACGGCACCGCUCGGAUCUGGGACAUCAUCUCAGGAGCCUGUCUUCACAUGCUGGGCCCGUUUGGGGGCCAACUUUGGUGCGGUGCCUUUUCCCCCGACGGAGAAUACCUUGCCAUCAGCCAGGGAAAUCCAAAGUGCCAAGUGCACAUCUACGAGAUAAGCACUGAGCGGGCAGUCUCUAGCUUUGACUUUCAUCGUAUGGCAAGGUCCAUAGCAUGGAGUAUCGAUGGUGCUGCGAUUGCGUGCGGAGCCGACAAAGGCACCCUUGCCAUCUGGGAUCCAUACACGGGACAGGAGCAGAUGCGAUGGAGCCUAGCGUUUGAAGAUCCUAUGAUGGGAUUCCUCGCAGUUGUUCGCGGAGUCAGAUUUCUGAACAGGCGGAAGCUCAUUUUUCAGAUCAGUGAAGGGACAGUCAAUGUGUACGAUUUCGAAACCAACUUAAAGCAGCAGUUCACAAGGCGUGCGCAAGACAAGAUAGAAAAAUUUCCGCGUGCUGAGAUGGUUGCUUCAGAACGACUUGCUAUUGUGCCGGAUUCAGAUGGGACUAUAAGAUUCUGGGAUCUGUAGAUGUUGUCAUUUGUCAUAUACCUUUAACUUCGUGUAAGUCCUUAAUGGCAAACGAAGGCAAUUCAAAGAUUCCUAGAAUUCCAGAACAGACUAUAGGUCAAAAGCCAUUUCCUCCUCAUCAUCAUCAUCAUCAUCAUCUCUCGAUUUGUUGUUCUGAUCUACAUGUUGUUCCCUAAAUCUUUAUCCUGCAGUCAAAGCUGCCCCGCUAAGUUCUCUAUCAAGCUCACUUGUUACGGCUGAAGCAAC